UCUCUUUCAAACACAGGAAAAUUUUUUUACCAUUUUCCUUCACAAGAAAUUCAUCCAAUUAAUCUUAACCCAUUAACCAUUGCCUUUCUGUAUUCCAUUUCAACAAUCGUAACUCACCCAUGGCUACUUCUUCUUCCAUGGCUGAGACCACCAUCACCAGCUUAUCAUCUUCAUCUCCAAUAACUAACAUGGAUACUGACCAUCUCUUCACUAUCUUACUUCGACUUCCAAUAGAUUCUGUUAUCUCCUUUUCCAUGACCUGCAAGAGAUUCAGGUCCUUGACAAGCUCUGAUUCUCUGUGGGAAUCCAUUUGCAGGAGAGACUGGGGACCCACAUCAGUGGAUGCCCUUAAGUCUUCUGUCAAUAAUCAACACUUGCCAUGGAUGAGGUUGUACAAGCAGGUCUCGCAGCUUGACUCAAUUUGUUGCCAUAAAUUGUGUAACCCAGAUCCUGAAUCGGUGCUUCCAAGCGCCAGGGCUUCUCACUCUCUCAACUUUGUGUCUGAUUGCUUGGUUUUGUUUGGUGGUGGCUGUGAAGGAGGACGCCAUCUUGAUGACACAUGGGUGGCAUAUAUAGGGAAUGGCUUUAGAAAGACAGUGAAGUGGCAGAAGGUUGAUUCAGGAGUUCCAAGUGGAAGAUUUGGGCACACAUGUGUCGUUAUUGGCCAUCAUCUUGUUCUUUUUGGAGGGAUCAAUGAUCAUGGGAUCCGUCAAAAUGAUACAUGGAUUGGGCAACUCGUUUUUAAUGACAACCUCUGUAUCUCGCUUUCAUGGAGGCUACUCCAUUCACAAUCCCUUGCACCGCCACCACGAGGGGCUCAUGCUGCCUGUUGCAUUGAUCAAAGAAGGAUGGUUAUCCAGGGAGGGAUUGGGCUGCAUGGCGUCAGAUUGGGUGACACCUGGGUUUUGGAACUUUCAGAAAAUCUUCGUUUUGGAGCAUGGCAUGAACUCGUUACUCAUCCAUCACCUUCCCCUCGUUCAGGUCACUCAUUAGCAUGCAUUGGGGGAACUAGAGUGGUCUUAUUUGGUGGAAGAGGAUUGGGUUAUGAGGUGUUAAAUGAUGUUUGGCUCUUGCAGAUAUUUGAUGGUCAGCUAAAAUGGGUCCAGAUACUUUAUGAAUUGCAAAACAUACCUGAUGGAGUCUUACUCCCACGAGUUGGUCAUUCAGCUACUCCAAUUUUGGGAGGUCGGAUGCUAAUCUAUGGAGGUGAAGAUUCAUUUAGACAUAGGAAAAAUGACUUUUGGGUGUUGGACAUUAGCUCAGUCACAUCCAUUCAAGAGCAUCCAACUGCGUUACUUCCAAAUAUGUGGAAAAGGCUCAAGGUAAAGGGAUACAAACCAAAGCAGAGGUCAUUCCAUCGAGCUUGUGCUGAUCAUUCAGGGCAUUAUUUGUAUGUGUUUGGUGGGAUGGUGGAUGGCUUACUUCAACCUGCUGAAGCUUCUGGGUUGAGGUUUGAUGAAGAGCUCUUCCUUGUGGAACUCGGAACAUUGCUUUAAACAUGAAUACAAAGGUAUUAAGCUUGCAGUUCUUUGAGAAUGCUCUCCUAUUAUAAGCUUAUUCUUGCACAAAGUAGUUCUCUCCUGUACCACAUUAGCUGCUGCCCAUAUCUUUCCUGCAUCAAUGCUAAUAGUAAUAAGUGGCUUGUAGGACUUGUUUAUGAUGUUGAAACAAUCUUCUAGAAAUAAUAAAAACCUCAGAGUUUAAUCACAUAGUGCCUGCGCAUUGUAGUGGAUUUUUUCUACAUAGGUCGAAAUAAUUGUUUCUUAUGUACAGAAAAUGUGAAAGAACUCAUUUGUUAGCACCUCUCUAUACAAUCCAUAGAGGAGCUUUCUAUACAAAAAAAAACAUGUCAGUGUUCUUAGAUUCACUGCUUCAUUUUGGCUUUAUUUUCCUCGCAUGAUGGUCUACACAUUGUUAGCUCACCUCUAAACUUUAUUGAAAAAAAGUACGGUGGCAUUCGAAUUUUUUAGAACAUCCCAUCUCACUGCUCAACUCCAUAAAAGAAAGUGAAAUUCAGUAAAACUUAUUAUUUCUGUAACGUUCAGCCGUGUGCUUCCAGUGCGGAAAUCCUUAGGACAUCGGAAGAUGAUUAAAAAUUGGAAUAGUAUAUAAUAUUCGGUACGAAAUUACUAAAUAACUUGAAACUUGAAUUAAUUAUUUUAGAUCAAGUGAAGUGAAAAAAGAAAGGAAAAGAGGGAAAAAGAAAAAAGCAAUGCUACGCGUAUGAAAAUUAAACGGGAAAAUCCACAAUUGCCUAAGGCUUCUCUGUACUUUUUUUUAAUCAUCAUCAACAACACAAAAUCUAAAUUUAUCAAGCUCGAGAACACAAUCAAAAUUCAAUGUUUAAACCAAUUAAAAUUCUCCAUAAUCACAUUAUCGAUAUAUAUACACAACUGUAAAUUUGCUAAAAUGAAAGGAAUAAUAUAAACUAUUGAUCAAAAGCACCUGU